GGGUCUUUAAGUGAAUUUUUGUUUUCUAAAAACUUGACAAGAUGGAAAUUGAGAAACUUCUCAAUUACAUCCUUCUGCACUUGCUUUAUAUGUUACUUACAAAUCAUUCACAUUCACGACUUCUUUGGACUUUUUCUCUUUUGUUCUUCUGGCAAUUUAAAUCAAGCUUUAGACUACUCUUACAUGGAUAGUUACUCUCUAGUCUUUAUUAUUACUUUGUGAAUGACAGUCUAAUUACUUAAUCUUAUACAUUAUCUGAGAGGUUUGUUAUUAAGUUAUUAAGAAGUUUAGAAAAAGACUUCCUCAAAAGUUUACUAUUUACUUUUUUUCUCCAUUUAGUUUAUAAAAAUUCAUCGAACUUUAUAUAUGAUAAUAAUCCACAAUUGAAUACAUUUUAAACACAUAUAAUAUAAUAAGUUUUUAAAUAAAAUUAAUGAAAUGGUCAUUAUUAUUACAAUUAAUAUUGAACAAACAUUAUAAAUCAAACAACCAUCAUCCAAACAUAUAUAAUCAUAUAAUAUAUAUAAUCCUUUAAAACGAAAAAUAUUUAUAUAUAAACUUUGUAUAAAUGAGCAAUUUGAAAAGUUUGCGGUAGUGAAAAACAAACGACAGUAAAUACAAAUGAAAUAAUAAUAAUAUAUAUAAAAAAGGGAAUGGCCUAAGGUGUGUACACACGCGACUUGGCAAUUUCUCUUAAAAACAAAAUGUAUAGUUUAUAUAUCAAAUGGGGAUUAAGAAAAAAAAAAAUUACUGAAAAAACAUUAGUUAUCGUCUUCAUAACCAAAAUUCAUUUUACUCUUCUCUACUCAUAUCUAUAUCACCGAAAGAGUUUGAACAUACAUAGGAAAACAUGUCACAGAGAAAACGUAAUUUCUAUGAAAUACUUAAUGUCACCUCAAAUGCUACACUUGAAGAAUUAAAAGUAAAUUAUAAACAAUUGAUUUUACAAUAUCAUCCUGAUAAAUUGCAACAACAACAACAACAAUUGGAAAAUAAUCUACAAAAAUUAGAAAUUAAUAAUGAAUCAAAUGACAAAGAGUUUGUAGCCAUAACCGAGGCGUGGAAUUGUUUAAAAGACCCUGUAAAACGUAAACAAUAUGAUGCUGAAGAAUUGUUAAAUAAAUUUCAUACGCAUAAUAAUAUUUACGCACACAUUAAAUUAAGUGAAAUGAAAAAACAACUAAAUACUGGAGACUACUAUUUGUCAGAAGAAGAUGACGAUGAUGAUGAUGAUGUUGAUGGAGAACACAGUCAGAAGGUGGAAAAAGAGAAGGAAAAAACAAAAUAUCUUUAUACAUAUGAUUGCCGUUGUGGCGGUCAAUAUAUUGUUGAUGAGUCAGCUGAACAAUAUUGCGGCAGAGCCGACAACAAUCAACAUCAUGAUAUACAAAUCAAAAGCAACCACAACAACAACAACAACAAUGGUGUUGGCGAUGAUGAUGAUGACGCAGACAAAAGCACCCAAAACAAUACAAAAAGCAGCCCCAAUAUAGAAGAAAAUAAAAAGAAUGAUGGUGGUAGUGGUGGUGGUGGCGGCAAUACUGCUGAUGGUAGUGUUGAAGGCGUUGUUUUCGUUCAACAACACCACAAUGAGGGUGAUGAGGUGGCAGCAGAGGAGGUUGACGACGAAGUCGGUGAAUUGAUUGUUGAGUGCAGUGAAUGUUCUUUAGUGAUUAUAUUGAAUGGCUGAAACAGCAACUUCUUUUAUUUAUUUUUUUAUUCGUUUAUUUUGUAAAAGAAAUCAAUUCUUUUAGUUUUUCGUUUUCUUUAAAAAUAAUAAAGAUUAAGCAGUUUUCUUUUUUGCUUUAGUUACAA